CGAGCCCCCCAUCCCCAUUCCACUUCCAUUUCCUCCCGUCCCCGUCCCCAUUCUUUCAUUCGUUCUCAGAGAGACGAGCGGCGAGGCGAGACGACGACUACGAGGAGGAGCGAGGGGGAGAGCUCGGAUCUACCGGAGAUUUUUGUCUAGUUGGUGGUGAAGGAUGUUGAGGGCCGUGGCGAGGUGCUGCGGGCACUGGCCGCCGGGCGCCGCGGCGGCGGACGGCAUGCUCUGGCAGACGGAGCUGCGGCCGCACGCGGCGGGGGAGUUCUCCAUGGCCGCCGCGCAGGCCAACCUCGUCAUGGAGGACCAGGCGCAGGUGCUCGCCUCCCCCUCCGCCACGCUCGUCGGCGUCUACGACGGCCAUGGCGGCCCCGACGCCUCCCGCUUCCUCCGCUCCGCCCUCUUCCCCCACGUCCAGCGCUUCGCCAAGGAGCAGGGGGGCGUGACCGCGGAGGCGAUCCGGCGGGCGUUCGGCGCGGCGGAGGAGGACUUCCUGCACGAGGUCCGGCAGGCCUGGCCCAAGCGCCCGCGCAUGGCCGCCGUCGGCUCCUGCUGCCUGCUCGGGGCCAUCGCGGGGGACACGCUCUACGUCGCCAACCUCGGCGACUCCCGCGCCGUCCUCGGCCGCCGCAUCGUCGGCGGCGGGGUGGCCGUCGCCGAGCGCCUCUCCACCGACCACAACGUCGCCUCCGAGGAGGUCCGGAUGGAGGUCUCCUCGCACAACCCGGACGACGCGCAGAUCGUGGUGCACACCAGGGGGGCCUGGAGGAUCAAGGGGAUAAUUCAGGUGUCAAGAUCCAUUGGUGAUGUAUACUUGAAGAAACCGGAGUAUAGCCUGGACCCAUUAUUUCGGCAGAUCGGCCCUGUUAUUGCGUUGAAGAGGCCAGCUCUUAGCGCUGAACCACAAAUUCAUGUUCGCAAGCUCAAACCAAACGAUCAGUUCAUAAUAUUUGCCUCGGACGGUCUUUGGGAGCAUCUCAGCGAUGAUGCUGCUGUGCAAAUUGUCUUCAAGAACCCAAGAACGGGUAUAGCAAACCGACUAGUGCGGGCUGCCUUGAAGGAGGCCACGAAGAAGAGAGAGGUCAGUGUGCAUGACCUGAGGACGAUAGAGCGGGGCGUGCGGCGCCAUUUCCACGACGACAUCAGCGUCGUCGUGGUGUACCUCGACCGGCACCGGGGUCGCCGUCAGACCAGGGUGGUGGACUCGAGCAGCAACUGCACCAGCGCCCCCGUCGACGUCUACUCCUCCUCCAGCUCGGCUUACCGCGACUCCGGUUAGUAGGCCAGACCAGACGGGCAGCAGAAGCUCAGACUAUAUGAUCAGGGUGGUAAAAUGGUGGUAGGGUUGCAGAUCAGCAACGCAAGCUGCAAACCGCAAGCUGCAGUGGCAGCGUCCGAAAGAGAUGCGCGGAAUGUACAUAAGUAGUGCGGGCGCGUGGAACUUUUGUCUGAAGAGAUGAUUUUUUCGUAUGUAAUUGCAGGAUUUAACUCUCUCUUUUUUGUGUAUCUCUGCUUAGCCAGCAGUUAAUUAACCCGUGAACUAGAACGGUAGCAGCAUAUAUGAUACUGAAAUUUAGAAA